UCGACAUUGCCAGCUCUGCAACAUUAGACGUGAAAUACCGUACUUGUACCGUACGAUUUACACGUCUUUUGCAACACCGUUGCGCACAGCUGCUGUUCCCAACAGACGGUGAACAACGAGCCAAGAAACAAAGCUUGUUGGGGGUUCCUUGUGUCAAAAGAGCGAGCUGCAUGGAACGGGCUAUCCAAGCACUGGUAGCUGCCAGCAAGCUUGUAAGAGUGCUGCAAAGGAACCACACUAUCUCUUGAUUUGAUUGAUUUGAUUCGAUUCUUCAGCUCUUUCUGAAAAUCUGCUCUGGAGCGGCCUCUCUUGACUUUAUCGUGACUUCACCACUCUCUCCUUUCUACCGCUACCACACUCAAAAAUCCUAUCAAUCGAUAGCGCCUCCACACAAUGUCAGCAACAACGAGAGCUGCGGCCAGCACUGAUCCAGGUAUAAUAGCAACGAAAGACAACUGGUUCUCCCCCGAUUUCGACGAAGAACAAGGGCAAUCUUUGAUCCAGGCCGUUCAGGAAUCGAUUGGUUGUUUCGAAUGCGGCGAACCCAAUGCCAAAUUACGUUGCAGCCGCUGCAAGCUGGCCAAGUAUUGUAGUCCAGCCUGUCAGCGAGCAGAUUGGAAAAAGUCUCACAAACAACUCUGUAGCAUGUAUCUGGAGAACAAAGAGCCCAGAGGAAAUACUCCUGGCGCUCCCAUCCCGAUCCUGCUACGAAAUAUCGGAUUGAUUGGGGAAGAGAAUUUUGAAGUGUGUAUUCAAAACCGACGAGCGCUCUUUCUGCAAGCCGCCUCCAGAUCGAGCAAGAAACCAUUGCCCAUGUCGUUUUCGUGUGCCAUUGUCCCCACGUUUCAGCAACUCAGAUUGGUGAUUGCGGCCAGUUUUCAAGACGACAAAGACAAGUUCCAUGAAGUACCGCAUCUUUUAUUUGACGUCAUAGAAGAGGAACCAGAUGCUAUACAGAAAUUUGAACAACAACCCCACUGCAUAUCUGUACGGGCACUCCACAAAGUGGCAGAGGCAUGGGUGGAAUUCUACGUCCAACUGGAAGAUGCCAAUAUCCAUCCAUUGGCCAUUACGUGUGGGGCGGGACUGCACGAUCGCAUCGAUGACUUGCAAGAAAAGCUGACAAAGAAAGGGGUAUCGGGGUUGGGAUUUGUUCCUUCCGAACAGUUGUUGAUGGAAUAGAGGCUGUCGCUACAAUCAUAUGCAAAAAGAACAGAAUGUGUCAUUUCCUUCCUGUGGGACCAACUCUAGCUACGACAUAGCUCUUGGAUCUAUGUGGCUGGCUGGUUGGUUACCUGCUUCACCACCAUUUUUGCAUCCUCUUGGUGCUCCUCUAUUUUAAACUGGAGUUUGCCUGGUGAGAGCCAUGUGCAAGGUGUUGGUCCAGAACCGGUGCAGCCAAGGAAUUGAUCCAGGUAUUUGGGCCAGCUGUUGCUGCAAGCUGGCUAGUUGGAAAGGCAUUGUCCACGAUGGACAUGGACGACUCCUGAUGAUGGACCAGACAGUCAUUGAUUCCGACGAUCUCCACCGUCAUAUCACACGCCCAUUCAUUCAAAGUCCUUUUCAUCAUCUGAUCUUCAUCGCUACAGCGACAGCUAGCUAGAGCUAAACGUUUGAAUUGAAUCAAUCCGAUCAGCUUUGAGAAAUGUUGCAAUAGAGAAAUGCUGAGCGUUGAUCUCUUCCUAGCUACACCCUUUACCAAAAUGAUUGGACUACCCAAGCAGAAAAAAGACUGCAUUCGUCACUUCACCGUUGGCAUGGAUGCA